UCUCUACGGUUGCACUAUUCUAUACUAUAGUUACUUGAGGGGGUGAUAAGCAAAGAAUAAAAGUAAAAGAGCCUGGAAUAACGGAACAUUCAAUCGUGGGGCUAGUUUGUCCAUCUUGGCAUCCCACAGUGCGCUAAUCGAACCUGUGUGCGUACAAUGGCCUUCAGGGCAAGCCUGCGGUAUCUCGAUCGACAGUGACCGAUCCACAGCGCCUGAUUUCCCCAUUGGCCGGCAGUGAUCUUGGAGCCGUUGAUCCGAUCACGCGGUGCUUGUAUUUCUCGCAAUAGAGACUCAUUGACUGGAAGUAGCGUCGGGAAGGGGAUCAAGGCCAAUCGUAGGCAGAUUCCCAUAAGUGCGUUUGUCCAAAGUAACUACAAAAAUGGCGUUUGGAAGACUCUCGAUUGUGUUGUUGAUAGUGGCCCGUGUGUCGAGCAUUUUAGCCCAAAGUGAUCCAGCAUGCACCACACCUACUCGCCAGGAAGGAUUCUGUGUGCCAAUCCAACGUUGUCGGAACAUAUAUAACAUCGUUAUGUCGCCUACACCUCCUUCCAAAGGGAUACAGAACUAUAUCAACCGUGCUGCCUGUACACUACCCGAUGUAGUGCGAAGCGUAUGUUGCCAGCCUGCGGAAAUCGAUCCACCAACACCAACCACAACCACAACCCCCGUGACUGCUCCUACUAAAGUCCCCGUCGUCAUGUCCAACACGAGUCCUGAAUUGAACUGGACCCUACUACCUACAACAAAGUGUGGCACGAUCACAACCAACCGUAUAGCAGGCGGUAAUCUGACUCGUGUUUUCGAAUACCCGUGGAUGGUGCUUCUGCGCUACAUGCGGAGCGGUGAGCUAGUGGAUGGGUGCGGAGGUUCACUGAUCAACAACCGCUACGUAUUGACUGCAGCACACUGCGUGCGAACACCGGGCAAUUUGAAGCUAUCAAAAGUCCGCUUAGGGGAACACGAUAAAACUAAAGAUGUUGAUUGCAUUGUGUACAAGGACGGUGAAACGGAAUGUGCUGAUCCUCCGAUAGAGGUUGACAUAGAGUCGACGGUUGUACACAACGAAUACAACAGACCGAUUCGGUUCCGGCAUGAUAUAGCUUUGAUUCGAAUGGCACAAGAAGUCGCAUAUAGCGAUUCCAUCAAACCCAUUUGCUUACCGAUCAGAGAGGAUGUUCGGAAAAAAAUUCUACCGAAAUACAUCCUCACAGGCUGGGGUACGACUGAGGAGCAGUCACUGUCCGACAUUUUGCUGCAGGCACUACUAAAGAAUGUACCCGUAUCAGAAUGCCAACAAAAAAUGAGAGAAAAUGGGCUCAGAAUAGACCUUUCGGAGGAGUAUCAAAUGUGCGCUGGAGGCGAAGAGCAGGUUGACUCCUGCAAGGGUGAUUCAGGAGGACCCUUGGGAUUCAGCGUAGACCUCGUGGGUGCCCGAUUCGUCCAAUACGGAGUGGUAUCGGCUGGAGUGAAUUCAUGCGGAAAGCUAAGCGUCCCGGGAAUUUACACUCGAGUAUCAAGCUACAUGAACUGGAUAGUGGAGAAUAUGCAACCGUGAACAAACGCUUAACGCACGAUAAAACAUGAAUCUGAAGAUCUUCAACGAACUAGUGUAAAAUAAAAUAAUUUUAGAACACAUAAAAUAACAAUAUUGUUAAUUAUUCAAAAUAAAUAUAUUCCAAGAUUUCUAUGCAUGUCCAGAUUUAAACA